AUGGGUGGCAGGGUUCUUGCUUCUUCUUUGCUCCAGCCCUCGCUGUCGUAUAUUGCAACCUCGACGGCACAUGGAGAGGAUUCACCCUACUUUUCCGGGUGGAGAGCCUACGAUAAGAAUCCCUACGACCCCGUCACCAACCCCUCCGGUGUCAUCCAGAUGGGCCUUGCCGAGAACCAGGUGUCCCUUGAUCUCCUGGAAGCGUACCUCAGGGAACACCCCGCGGCAUCUCACUGCGGCGUCGGGUUCCGAGAGAACGCCCUGUUCCAGGACUACCAUGGGCUCAAAUCCUUCCGGAUGGCAAUGGCGAGGUUCAUGGAGACGAUAAGGGGAGGCAAGGCGAGGUUUGACCCGGACCGCAUCGUGCUCACCGCCGGCGCCACGGCUGCCAACGAGCUGCUGACAUUCAUUCUUGCCAACCCUGGUGACAGUCUCCUCGUCCCCACUCCAUACUACCCUGGGUUUGACAGGGACUUGCGGUGGAGAACGGGCGUGAACAUCGUGCCCGUGCACUGCAGCAGCGUCACCGGGUUCCAGGUCACCGCCAGUGCGCUCCAGGCCGCGUAUGACGAGGCCAUGGCGGCUGGGAUCCGCGUCCGCGGCGUCAUUCUGACAAACCCGUCCAACCCACUCGGCACGACGGUGGAGAGGGCCGUCCUGGAGGACAUCGUCGACUUCGUGGCGCGCAACGACAUCCACCUCGUCUCCUACGAGAUCUACUCCGGCUCCGUCUCCGCCGCGCCGGACCUGGUCAGAGUCGCCGAGGUCGUGGAGGACCGCGCGUGCCGCGGCGGCGACGACGGCGGCGGCCACCGCAGCGUCGCGGCGCGCGUGCACGUCGUGUACAGCCUCUCCAAGGACCUCGGGCUCCCGGGGUUCCGCGUCGGCGUGGUGUACUCGUACAACGACGCCGUGGUGGCCACGGCCCGCCGCAUGUCGAGCUUCACGCUGGUCUCGUCGCAGACGCAGCGCACGCUGUCGGCGAUGCUGUCGGACGCGGGCUUCGCCGCGGCGUACGUCCACGCCAACCGCGCCCGCCUCCGGGAGCGGCACGACCACGUCGUAGCCGGGCUCGCGCGCGCUGGCGUUGCGUGCCUGCGUAGCAACGCUGGGUUGUUCGUGUGGGUGGACAUGCGGCCGCUACUCGAUGAGUCUACGGUUGCCGGGGAGCUGAGGCUGUGGCGGCGGGUGAUCGCCGAGGCCAUGCUCAACAUCUCGCCGGGAUCUUCGUGCCAUUGCUCGGAGCCAGGGUGGUUCAGGGUGUGCUUCGCCAACAUGAGCUUGGAGACGCUCGAUGUUGCACUACGACGACUCAGCUGCUUCGUAGAGAAAUGGAACAAGUGCAUAUAA